GGUUUUCCUUCUACAGGACAGCAUGUCCGACUGGGACUAUGACUACUGAUCUAAGCAAACACUUGUGCACUGAUUGUCUUCUAGGCUACUAUUCUUCUUCGUCUAACUCGACGUGUUCUAAAUGUCCUAAUAAACUGAUGACACCAUCUACAGGAUCAACGAGUCGAAGCAACUGCAGUCAAUGUUCUCCUAAUUAUUGUCAUUACGGAACGUGUACGGUCGCAUUGCAGGGACCCGCUCCCUCUUGUACUUGCCAUUUUGGAUUUACAAAAGACAACGAGGGACUGUGCACUGUACCAGCCUACUAUAUUGCGGCAAUCGGGUUUUUAGUCGGAAUAUUACUUAUCGUGCUUGUCGUUGUUUUGAUGGCAAAGUCUAGAAAAGCUAAGAAAGAGCAUAAUUCCGUGGUGAGAAUAAAAGACAGCGAAAUAAACCGAAGACAAAUGAUAGUAACAUAUCAGAAUAAUGAGAUUGCUCAACUUAACAAUACUUGGACUAUUAAUUCUAGAGAAGUAAAACUACGAAAGAGAAUUGACAAAGAUUAUCCGGGUGUCUACGGUGAGGUAUACGAGGCAGAAUACAGAGAAAUAGUUGUAGCCGUCAAAAAAUUACAAAAAGAACAUCUACCAAUCAACCGCCUUUAUCUAGAGUUUGCACGUGAGAUAGAAGUGAUGAAGACAAUCAGACAUCCCAAUAUCGUCUGGUUUCUUGGAGCAGGUCGUCACCACGACGACGAUUGUCCUUUCCUUGUGGUAGAGUACAUGCCUCGCGGAUCACUGACGAAAAUAUUGAGCAAUCAAGAGAUCGUCCUAGACGACAACAUGAAAUUGAGAUUUGCUAUAGACGCUGCGAAAGGAAUGAGGUUCCUGCACAGCCAACGUCCACCUCGAAUCCAUCGUGAUCUAAAAAGUGCUAAUCUUUUGGUGAGCACUAGAUGGGUCGUAAAAGUGGCAGAUUUUGGAACAGCGCGACUAGUACGGGACGAAGGAGUUAACCAAGAGGCUGUGAGGGGAGAAGGAUUUCUUGAUCUAACAGCUCCUUUACUUCGCCCAGAAUAUCACUUAUCAUCUGGUGUUGGAACGCCGUUUUGGUGUGCUCCAGAGAUAUGGCGAGGAUCGGGAUAUGGAACACCAGCUGAUGUUUACAGCUUUGGCAUUGUGAUGUGGGAAAUUUGUUCGCGAAAGAUUCCAUAUUACGAUCAAAUUUGUGAUCACCUGAUGACAGCCAUUAUGAAUGGAACGAGACCGACCGUUCCAGAAAAUGACCAAAACGACUAUAUUCAAUUGAUGAAAGCUUGUUGGUCAGGCAACGUAAACUGCAGACCGACAUUCAAGGACAUCGUACUCAAUCUAGAAGAAAUGAGUGAGAAAAGCAUAUCCAUCGAAAUUCUCCACCAUGAAAACUGAGAUAACUAUGGUGGAACGACGAAACAAAAUAAUUGAUCAAAUGUGCAGUGUGUGGCCAGUUUAAUUAAUUUCUUUGCUAGCGUACAGUAUAGAUAUAGUCAUGUUGAUUUAUAUGUACUAAUUAACGAUCAAGAGUG